AAAGAGAAGAGAUCUGUUCGACUCGCACUGACAACAUGUACCUGCGCUGUGUCCCGCUCCUGGCCCUGCUGGUCCUCUGCUCCGCUCUGGAGGAGCCCAAGAGCAAGUCUAAGGUGUGCGCCAAUGUGUUCUGUGGUGCAGGAAGGGAGUGCGCCGUGACUGAGAAAGGAGACCCUACCUGCCUGUGUAUUGAGAAAUGUAAAUCACACAAAAGACCAGUUUGUGGAAGUAACGGCAAAACCUACCUGAACCACUGUGAGCUGCACCGUGAUGCCUGUCUAACUGGCUCUAAGAUUCAGGUUGACUACGAUGGACACUGCAAGGAGAAGACAUCGGACACCCCUGCGGCUGUUCCAGUUGCCUGUUACCAAUCUGACCGCGACGAGAUGCGCCGGCGAGUGAUCCACUGGCUCCAGACUGAGAUCAUUCCCGACGGCUGGUUCUCCAAGGGCAGCGACUACAGCGAGAUCCUCGACAGGUACUUCAAGAAAUUUGAUGAUGGCGACUCCCACCUGGAUUCCGCUGAGCUGCAGAGCUUCCUGGAGCAGAGCCAGAGCACCAACAUCACCACUUACAAGGACGAGGAGACCAACCGGAUGCUCAAGAGUCUGUGUGUCGAGGCUCUCAUUGAACUGUCUGAUGAAAAUGCAGACUGGAAACUGAACAAAAAUGAGUUUCUCAAAUGCUUGAAUCCCGACUUCCAACCAUCUGAGAAAAAGUGUGCACUGGAGGAUGAGACAUAUGAGGAUGGAGCUGAGACCCAAGUGCAGUGCAAUCGCUGUGUGUGCGCCUGUGGGAACUGGGUGUGCACCGCCAUGGCAUGUGAAGGGAAGGACGGGGACCAUGGAGAAGACAUGGGCAGAUACGUGGAGGAGAUCAGAAAGCAGCAGGAGACUAUUGAAAAUUCCAAGAGCAGCAGCGACAAAGACGCCUAAAGCCAAGAUGCGGAUUCCAUUUGCUGCCAGGGGCCGCCCAGGGGCCACGUCAAGAGCAGAUUUUAUAUUAAUAUGCAUCAAAGACAAAUUAUUCAGAUUUUAGGGCAUAGGUGCAACAAGAGGGGAGGAGGGACUUGAGGGGAGUUUCGCUCCCGAACCAAAAAUUACGAUGUCACUUCCUUGUGUGGAUUGUGGGUGCCCCCUGUGUGCGGUUCCUGUGCAAUAAGGCACUCAUCUCUUGUGUUACUGGGGGUCUCUCCAUUCAGGGACCUCUACCAUUAAAAUAUACAAGGCCUUCCUAGGACUGCCCUAUCUUGUGGCCCAACCCUGCACAUUUUGAGUGCCUUAUUGCACCUCCUUUCUACUGAUGAGUGCAAAUAGUGUCCCCAUCCCAAAUAGUUUCACAUUUAAACCCCCCCCCCCCUAAAAUGGGAUAAGGGACACAAUUAGCCUAGGGUUGACUUGCUGGGCACCUUCCCUUGCAUUUGUUGUGGGACACUGGCCAAUGCCCCAGGGCCCCCCAUUGGAUUUCGGGAAUUCUGGGCUGCUAACAGACCAUCUGCUUGUAGCUGAACCAUGAACUGGUUGCUGCCAGAAGCAUAGGUCUUUUAGGGGGUCACUUGUUUUGGAGCAGAAUGGACCAUAGUUACCCACUUUGUAAGCCCCACCCCCAAGGAACAUGUUAUGGUGUUAUAUUUUCCAGAACACAGUCAAGCCCAUAUUGUAUCUUUCCCUUUAUACUUUGUCUCUAGUAGUAUUUACGUGUGUAAUUGUAGGUGUAGUUUUUAUAUUAUUUCCUAAACUCCAAGGCCACUUGUCCUUAAAGGGCUACUGCACAUGGGGGGGGGUGGUAUGGCUAUUUGUAGGACCAUAUAGCAUGGGUGUCAGUGACCCAUCUAACUAUGUACAGGGGAUGGUUCCCACACACAUUGAAUACUUGUCCCUCUUUAAAAGAGAAGUAUCUGCCCACAGGGACAUAAAUCUGUCCAAGAGGGAGGAGUUUAAAGGUUCCGCCCAUGAGGAACUUGCAUUUUCCAUUUUGGCAGGACUGCCUACGGGGAAUUUUAUGAUUGGUGCUGUGUUUGUGCCCACAGGGGGUACAGAUUAGUGGUUAGGCAGUGAAAUUACUUGAAAUAAAUGUUGCCAGAUAUUUCAGGGUGUGUUGCGGGGGGGGGGGGCGUCCAGUAGCUGAUACAGAUCCAAUUGCUGUGUGUGGCGGAGUGCUGAUAAGCUGUAAUUAUGAAAUAUCCUCUCGGACAGUAAUUAGUGACCCCCUGUGUAAGGAAAAUGUAGCCCCUCCCUCCCAGUGCAACUGAACCCCCCAGUGGGCCACCUGUGUGAUACAAGUACACGUAUGAUCCAUUGAUUCGAUGCUGUGCCACAGUGGCACCAGGCUCCUCCUUCUCAGAGGGAGGGGCUUGUGCACAUUGUAUCCUAUCAGACCCGCUGAUUUCCCCCCUCUCAGUAUUCAGAGCUUCCUUUCCUGCGUAUAUUUCACAGCCAUAUUUGUUUUUAUAUUUGUAUAUUUUUUUUUAUUCUAUAACGACCAAAUAAAUAAAUUAAAAGA